UCACAUUCCAACUGCUCUCGCUUUGAAUAUAGACUAGAGACACUGGAGCUGCAGCACAGUCUCCUUCAUAGACAACCGCCAUGACGGCCUCCCUCCCCCUCCGCACAUCCACCCUCAUCAUCGGUGGCGGACCGUCUGGGCUCGUCGCGCUCAAGUACGCCCUAGAGUAUGGCCCGGCUUGGGAGAAGGGCGAGCCGCCUGUGCUCGUCGAAAUGGAGCCCGAGCUCGGCGGUACAUUCAGAUGGCGCGGAUACGAGAACGCCGAGCUCGUGAGCUCAAAGCAGCUCACAUGCUUCUCAGACUACCGCUACCCACUAUCCGCGCCAGACCACCCCUCCCUCCCCAACUUUGUCGGGUACCUCAAGUCGUACUCGAAGCUCUUCGGCCUCGACGAGCACAUCUACCUCAACACGCGCGUCGUCAAGCUCGACAAGAUCGGGCCAGAGGGGUACCCGCACCAGGCGGUGCUUAGACGCACCGGCCGUGCAGACGAUGGCGAGGACAUUGUGAUCACCGCACGACGGGUGGUCAUCACCACAGGCCUGCAUGUGACGCCCAACAUCCCCGACAUUGCUGGCCUGAACGCGCCGCCACUGCCGCCAAACCCUGUCGAGUGGAUCCAUUCGUCCAAGUACCAUUCGCGCUCGCAGCUCGAGGGCAAGAAGGUCCUCAUUCUCGGCUCUGGCGAGACGGGCAUGGACCUCGGCUACGAAGGUGUGCUAGCCCCCGCGAAGAAGGUCUGGCUGGGGGUGCGCUCGGGCUUCCUCUCGUUCCCAAAGGUGCUCAACAACUUUCGCGUCUUCGGUACGACGUACGACGGCGCGCUCCCAAUCGACGGGCUCAUCACCAACCUCUUCGAGACAGCCUACGUACAUCCUUGGGUCGCUGAAUCGCACCUUCGAUGGUUCGUCUCCGACUUUGUUAUCCGCCGCGUGCUCUGGCUCUUGACAGGCACCAUGGCAGGCUGUAACCAGUGGGCUGGCGAACUGCCACCUGAACGACAGGGCCGAGCGUUCGUCUUCCUCAACAAGAGCGGCAAGGCCAUGCAGUUCAUUAACCGGCCGUUUGCGCACAUGUCGGCCCUCCAUCGUGCCUUCUUCCACUAUAUCGACCCGCCUUUGCCUCGGGGCAUUGACGACCCAACAAUUGACAUCGUGCCAUUCCCGGAGCGAUUCGACCCAAAGGACGGAUCGGCGGUCUUCCCCAACCCUCCAGCACACCGCUCAAAGGAGACGGCGUGGAAGUCAAAGUGCGACCCGGACCUCGUUGUGCUGGCCACCGGGUACCGGCAAGACUUCGACUGGUUGGGUGAAGGGUAUCCUCGUCCCGACAAGUGCGACCUUCGUGGCGUGUGUGACACCAGCGAUCUGACUGUGGCAUUCCUGGGAUUCCUUCGGCCAGGCGUAGGAGCAAUCCCGCCAAUGGCCGAGAUGCAGGCACAGUUCUUCUUCCUCUUAACCCAAGGCAAGAUGGCACCGCCAACAUCACCAGAGCACUACCAUCUCCUCCACAGCGAGCAGGCCCGCAUCCAGUAUGGUGUCGACUACUCAGCCUACAUGUCUCAGCUUGCACGCGACAUGGGCUCAGCCCCCGGUCUGCUGGAGCUGUGGUGGAAACACGGAUGGUUCAUCACGUUCAUCUACUGCUUUGGCGCGGCUUUCCCAACAUUCUACCGCCUGAGUGGGCCAUACGAGUCACCCAAGGCUCCUGAGAUCGUCCGAACCGAACUAUGGGACACGAUCAAGCGCCGUGGUAUCGCUGGCAACCUGUUCAUGGGCGUCAUUCCAAUGGUCUUCUAUGCCGUCAUCAACAUUAUUGCCUUGCAGAUUGAUGUGGCUUGGACCUUGACCGCCCCGCUCCUUGGCAUUCGACGUCCUCCCAAGUCUUCGUAUGCCUCACAGCUCCUGAACCGUGUAGAAGAAGAUAUCGCUGCAAGGCGGAAAGACAACGGGCUGCCUCGUCUUCACAUCAAGAUCCCGGGCAAGUCCAAUGGUAUUAUCUCAUGAUAUGCUACAAGUGGUUGACAAUUCAACUCGAGGAUCGCGGGUAUGUGACCUGGGGGGACAACGGAGGUAUGACAGUGAUACUAAACGGGGCUGAGGACUAGAGCAUGCGAAGUCUCUCGCUAACUUCAUCAGCCUCCAUGACAAGUUGCCUAUUAAUAGGCUUGAGGUCGAUCAUCAUCGAGUCGUCCGAGUGCAGGAUGGGCUCCUGCUUGAUCUCAGGCGAGAAAACGUGGGGGUCAUCGUUGAUGAUGCUGUCACGGUCCAUCGGGCGGGCCUUGGAGGUCGCAGACGGCUCGGCCCAGCGGCGCCACCAGCGUCCCACGGCAAACUUGGUGCGUUGGUCGAGCCCGAGGAAGUUGACGUUGGCGAUCAUGCCCUUCCACUUCAGGGGGUUCUCGUUCAGAGCAGUCUCGAGAGCUUCGAGAUCGCCCCAGUACAUCCAGUGGAGGAGGAUACCGAGCGACGACGGGUCGGGAAGGGGGACAAUAAUGUCCAAUGGCGCACCUGGCUCGGUGGCGAGAAUGCGGCAGCCCUUCAUCUCGAUGGCUGAAGGCGUCUUUGUGCCUUCCGAGAGGACGGUGCGGAGAAGAGAGCUCUGCUGCACGAGGUAAUCCCUGUGGACCUCAAAGGCGAGGGUCCUGAGUGGGGCCCGGUUGCCACCAGCAGAAGCUGGGGUGAUGGGCACAGCGCGGACCCUCUUCGGCUUGUCAUCGCCAGCCUGGUCCGCCCUCAUGUUGCCAUUGGCAGGGGUGGGCGGAAAAGGGAUGUGGGAGUCUUCCUCGCAGUUCUUGGUACACGGCACGACUGGAAGCCUGACGUCCGACGUAGACAAGUUGGACCAAAAGGUCCCGGCAAACUUAUUCAACCGCUUAACGACAAAGUCCUUGGGAAUGUGGUCGAGAGUCGGGCUGGGCAUUGCCGGGGACAUGGGAGACCUCGGGGAGAAGUUGCGUGGCGAGCGCGGGGCCGCUCGGGGAAAGAGAUGGUGAUGGUGGGGCGCGAUCGCCAGGCCCGAGGGGGUGGCGGGGUAGCUCGAAGUCGACGACGAGCUUCGCGAGUACGGAUUGCUAUUGACGCGCGCCUCGCUAAACACGCGAGGCGAGCGAACUGCAAAUUUGCCACCACUCGGGGAUGCGUAGCCGGGUGUAGAAGGUGUGCGCGAGCCUGCAGUACCAGCACCAGAAGAGACAGCCGAGCGCGGUCCAGACGACGCCACAGAGUACCUGUGCAUUGAGGACAUGGCCGAGGGAAGCGAGGGAGUACGGGAUCCAUUCCUGGAAACAAUGGUACCGGCCCUUCGUGCCUGCUGGAAGUCGUACUCGUGGUGACUGCCGCGUGGCGUGUCCAUGGCGCUGUCGUCCUGCCUUUGUUCUCUGCCGGACGCGGCUGAAGCGCGAGGCGUGUCGAGAACUGGGUGGCGGUCUGAACGGCGUCCGAGCUCGAUCACAGGUUUCGAGUUUGGGAGGUGGUGGUGGGGGCUAUUCGAGUGCUGGCGACCGUAGCCCUCGGUGGGCGAUGGCGACUCCAUCGCCGUGUCCGAGUCGGCAGCAUCACGGUGGGUCGCGGGGACGACGACCCGCCCGUCGACUCGUGGUCGGAGGGAGCGCGGGGCGGUCGAAGACGAGUUUUGGUCCGAGUUGCUGCGCGCCAUCGCGGCCGUGGCAUGGUACGAGCCGUCGAUUUCCGCCGAUGCUCCGAGCCGUGGGGUGUGUGGCGUCGACUGCCUCCCACCGCCGCUGUAGGGAGAAAGUUCUGGAGCUGAAGUCUUGCGCGGGCUGUUGAUGCUGCCUGGCAUCAUCGAGUAUCCCGGGCUGUGGCGGCGUGGAGGAGCCGGAAGGGACGGCGCCUUCCUUGGGUUGCGGUUGCGGCGCUCCCAGAGGGACCUGCUAGGCGAUCCAGUGGCCGACGAGUCCAUGAUGAUGUGGUGGUGGUCGAGGGGAAUGUUGUCGGAGUGGGUCGUGUGGAGUGGCGAUGGAGACAUGGUGUAUGUCGAGGCAGAGACCAUGACAGUGGGAGUGGCCGUCGAUGGUGGUGGUAGUGAUCACGACCUGCUACUGGCUCGUGGUUAUGUAUUGUCGUGGGGCCGAGAAUAAGGAGUGGGGGCUGGGGCUGUGUGCUUCGUUGUGGUGGGACAGGACAACAGGCUGAUGGAGGUUGACGGGGACAAGGAAGGAGUGAUGGAUGGCGCGCGCGAGUGUUCCAAAUAAUAAUAAUGGGCGAGGAGCGAGAUGCGGUGGAGAAUAAAGGCAACAAGCAAGCAAGCACGGUCGCGCCACCUUUCUCAAAGGGGACGCGUUCUGUUGUUGUCGUUGGAGAUGACGGCUGCGGCCAAAGCGCGCGGUGGGUCGGGGGUGCCGAGGCGAGCAGGGAGCGAGGGAGCGAGAUGCUGCGCGUGCGUGCGUAGGCGUAGGCGUCUGUCUGCAGUAUGAGGCAGGCAGCGACCGUGUCGAGCCAGCCGGGUUAGUGCGGCGUGCUUCUUGCGGUACAGUCGCCGUUGUGUGUGGGUCGACGUCGUGUUUGUUCGGCCCGAAUCUAAUUGAGCUGCUGACGAACGCAGGAUCUGAUCGUCGUCGCAAGGCAGAUGACGAGCUGUUUGUUGCUUGCUUCCCUUCUUCUUCUUCUUUCUCUUCGCUCUUCGCCUCGAGGCUCGAGUCGACACCGAUCUUGAUCUUCGGCGGUGGCGGCGGUGCGGUGCGGUUCAAACGACGCGAGUAGUAGUUGCCCCCGAGCUGUCUAUUGCAUUGUCUGACGACGACGUGCUUCGACUACAAUGAGCAGCAGCGACCAAAGGCGGCGAAGCGGGACACUGCGUCUCUUUUGUCCGUCAGCGCAUUGCACGGAAUCGGCGGAAUGCAACACUUGCCUUUCGGAGCUGUCGGCAGAAGGGGAUUUCGCCGGUUCCUGUGAUGUGUGCUGAUGGGCAU